AUCCACUGCCGGGGGAGGCAGCGCGCUGCUGGCGUUAGCGGAGCGGCCUACUCUGCAGGGCAGCUGCUCGGGCAGGCCUCGCAGUUUGCGAUGGACACAGACAGGUUUCUGCUGGCUAAUCUCAGGGCUUCUGUUUGUUUAUAGGAAACAGACCGCUUCCGAUGCAAGGAGAACGAUGAGAUUUGGUUGCCUUUCCUUCCGCCAGCCCUAUGCAGGGUUGGUUUUAAACAAAGUCAAAACAGUGGAGACGCGCUGGCGUCCGUUGCUAGCAGCUUACAAGAACUGCACCGUUGCUAUUCAUAUAGCUGUCCAGGACUGGCAAGAUGAAACUUGGAGAGACAUUCUGUUGAAUAGGUUUGGCAUGACAACGAAACAAGUGCAGGAUUUGUUGGAUAAAGGGGAAAAAUUUGGCAGAGGAGUUAUUGCAGGACUAGUUGACAUUGGAGAGACCUCAUUAUAUCCAGAAAACUUGCCUCCUGAAAAAAUUCUUGAGCUGGAAGACAAAGCUGUUCUCAGGAAUCUAGAACAGAAGUACUUGACUGUUAUUUCAAAUCCACGAUGGCUCCUGGAACCAAUUCCUGCCAGAGGGAGACAAGGCAUGUGGCAGGUGGACAUCCCUGAAGAACUGAUCCCUUCAGAAGCAUAGGUGUUGCUCCUGUUCUUUUUCCUGAACGCACACUUGUGAUUCACCAUUCAGUAUUUUGAAGACCAGUGAGAUGUUCAGGAUUCCCUUCCAAAACUACUUGUUUGAAACAGAAAAUACAGAAGUGCU